GCUUCUAAAUCUAGUGGCGGCACAUGAUCGAGGAUCCACAAACUGCACUGCACUUUCUCCACCACUCUUCCUCGGCAUCUCUGAUCAGUCUGAGGACUCGGGCUCUCUCACAUUCUCACAUCCACUCUCACACACUCCUACUCUCACUGUCUCUGUGAGCCUCCUGCUCCGGUGACUAGCUCUGGUCCGUCCCCUGCACUCCUGUCACAGCAUGCAGCUCCUCGUGGUGUUAGCAGCUCUCAUGGGGGUUCUGUUCAGUGUUAGAGCAGCCGCCGUGCUUCCUGUGGAGGAUAGAAGCCCCAUCCAUGCAAACUGGGAACUGAGCAAAGAGCGCAAGGAGCUGAUCCUGAAGCUGGUGUCUGGCUUGUUGGACGGGGCUCUGGACUCCAACAUGCUGCCGGGGGAAGCGUCACCUGUGGAUCUAGAGGAGCCACUGGAGUCUCGGCUGGAAGAGAGGGCAGUCUAUAACAGGCUAUCACUGCCUCAACGCGACCGCAAAGCCCCCUGCAAAAACUUCUUCUGGAAAACGUUCACCUCCUGCUAACAGUGCCAAAAGCGUCCAGCUCCAGCUGCCCACCGUAUCCCCGUCCUGCCCCAACUCGACCAGGCUCAAUAUGAGCUUUAGUAGACCUCAGCUGUACAUAUCAUCCACACCUGUCACACACACAGCUUCAAUGGACUUCACUCAGACAGUCUGUUUGAAUAUUGAUGAUUUAUUUAUGUAUUUAUGUAUACAAUGUAUGUAUUUAUGUAUGUAAUUUAUUUCAGGGUCAAUAAUAAAGCAUGGAUCUAAUAUUUGA